AUGACUUCGGCCACCUCUUCUCCCCAUCCUUCGAACGCCAACGCUCGCCAACACUCGCAGUCGCUGAGCAUGGAAUUCGAGAUGCCGGACUUCAACCUACAGCAAUCCCUCGACGACCUCGGGCUAUUCAAUCUUCCACCUGCCUCGACGUCGACACAAUCUGCAUCCCUAGUGCAGUCCAUGGCUUCAUCUUCCCACUUCACCGACGGCAGCGGUAGUGGCAGCGGCGCCGGCACCGGUGCUCCGGUCGACGGUCAUCCUAGCCCAGCCGGGUCUCUGUCGAGGAGUGCUCCCGAGAGGCCACUGAGCAGCACCGGAUCUCACGCUUCGCCUGGUAGCCAUCGACAACGUCAAGAGAGCGCAGCUGCAUCGUCGACUGCGGGCCCUUCAUCCGGCGCUCACCCCCUCAAUACCGUGUACCCGGCCGCCGACCGCACCAACGCCAAUGCAACGACGCAGUCUUCAGACGAGGCCAAUGCAGCGCUUCAACAGUUACUCUCUUCCAUACAGACCAACGGCGUCGACCAACACCAGCAGCGCCAGUCGACCGCUCCUCAGCUCAGCCUGCAGGACAUUCAGCGCCUUCUCCUCGAAAAGGAGCGAUCAGACCAAUUGCAGAAUCUCCAGACUGCGUUGCUACGCCAACAGCUUGAGGCACUGCAGCGAGCUCGUCAGAAUCCUCAGGUUAUGCAGCAGCUGCCUCAGCAGCUUCAAGGGUCGCAGUCGUCUGUCCAGCAGCUCCUUUCUGCUCUGCAGGGCGGCAACGGGCAGCAUAGCCAACUCCAGCCAGGCAGCGACGGCAUGUCGGCUGACGCCAGUCAGCUCCUCAUGAACAUUCUCGGCAGCGACUCGCAGGCUGAUGUCUCGCACAACAUCCCCAAGCUCCUCGCAGAUGCCUCCAUGCUGGCGCAGUACGGCCUCAUCACUCCGCCUGCGUCUGGCGGCCUCAACAUGGGCGCAUCGAUGCAGCAGCGAGGAUCAACAACGUCGCAGGCCCCCUUCAUGUCGCCUCUGAAUAUGCCGCAGGGCACGCAGGGUGGAGCGGGACCGGUGCCCUUGUCCCUCAACGCAAGUGCAAUGGGCGCAGAUGGCUCAGGAGCAUUGGGCCAGAUUCGCCAUCCUUACACGCCCCUCGAGUCACCCGCUGUCACCCCCGCCAGCGUCUUCUCGAACAUGAGCCUCGGACACGGCGGUGAGCAAUUCUUCUCUCCUCUCACUUCGCCAGCCCUAGUACCGCAGCCAAACUAUUACCCUCCCAAGAGCCGCAAGAGCGGUACCACGCCCAGUGCCUCCCCACUUGCAUUGCAGGGCAAGCCCGGCCCACUGCCGCGCAAGAACAGGAGUACGACAGCCGAGGCGAGGGCGAACAGGCAGCGACCUAGCCCGCUGAUCAAGCCUACGGUCGGUACGACCGGAAGCGUCAAGCGCAAGAAGGACAACAGCAGCAAGCCAGCUUCGCCUGCGACGGUGUCUCAGCCCGAGUCUCGUCGCGCUUCGAUCAGUGACAAUGGCAAUGGGCACUCUCGCUCGUCCAGCCAGGUGGCCACCUUUACACCGAUCAUGGCUGGCGCGGCCAAGCCCAUGGACGCUUCGCCCUCCGAGGGGGCCACAUCGACGCCCAGUCCUAUCGAUAUCAGCACGGCAAUGGGCCCGCCCCUGUCCACUGCGGGCGGCAAGCCUAUGACGCCUGGCAGCCUGAUGGGGAUCGGUGGCAGUGGCGGUAGCUCAGGGGAGGAUUCGUCGAAGCGAAGCGGUAGUCAGUCCUCAAGUCGAUUCCGCGCCGACUCGCGAGCGAGUACAUCGAGCCAGUCGCUCAGCAACGUCAAGCCGUCCUCGUCCAGCAAGAGCAGCAAGAGCAAGGGCAAGGGCUCUUCCUCUGUCACAUUUGCCGCAAACGCCAAGGGCGAAGGUGUCACUACAGGGGGCGAUGAAGAGCAAGACGAGGAAGAUGAGGAUGGCGGCGCCAAUGGGGCAGGAGACGUCUCCGCGACAUCCGACUCCCGUCGCACAUCUCACAAAGCCGCCGAGCAAAAGCGUCGCGAUUCCCUGAAGUACUGCUUCGACGAGCUGCGCGGUAUGCUGCCUCCCAUCACGCUCGAUGAGGAUGCCCCUGGCGGGUCAUACCUGGGACCGGAUGGCCUAACGGAAGACGAGGAUGCGGAGGGAUUCGACCGUGCCGAUGUGAUGGACCCGGAGUUCAGCAAGACGGCGAAUAGGGCGAUCAGCAAGGUGGCACUGCUGAGGCACUCUAAUGAGUGGAUCGUGCGAUUGAGGGGCAGAUUGGCGAGGAGGGAUGCUGCGCUUGGGGCUGCGAGGUGCGAGGUGGAGCAGUUGAGGACGCUCUUGAUGGCUCAUGGGAUCAUGCCGCCAGCUGGGAUGGGCCAACAGCACCACCAGCAGGCGCAGCAUCAUCAUCAGAUGCAGCAAGCGCUUCACCAUCAUCAUCAACAGCAGCAGCAGCAGCAGCACAUGGGUCACUUCAUGAUGCCAGGGGGCGGAGGCGCGGGAGGGGGCGGCAGUGUGCCUGGAGGCGUACCUGCACCUGGGAUGGACUGGAGCUGA